AUGUUACAGACGGUCAUACAUAUAGAAAGACAUCGAUCUGAGCCCACCACUGAAGAUUUGGAAGUUCAUACUGUGGUGGAUAUGAUCUCGGAUAAUCUCGACCUUUUCUUACAAGCUGAGACAUCUAAAAUCCAUUUCUCUGAGUUGGUUUCACAUAUGGAUAUUCCUCCAUACUGCAUUGAAUCAAUGGCCUUGAAACUUACUGACAUGGCGAAGAAAGCCCAUGAAGUGGGAAAAAAGAUAUUACGUAACCAAUUUGAUGUAUUGAUAUUGGUUGAAGAAGAUAAUUAUGAAGAAGUGAGAGUGGCUGAGGCCCAAAGAGAAUCAAUGGACUUGGCUUAUCAAGGGAGGGCUAGUGCAGUCCCACCAUCAAGAUCUUCAGUUGAAGCGUUGGAGAGGAUGGUGUUCGACAAAGGAAAGUCUGAUGAGAUCAAGUGUACAAUUUGUUUGAAUGACUUCUCUACAGGGAUGAAGGUCAUACGGAUGCCCGUGCUCACAUAUUUUUGA